CGAUUAUUUGUAACUGGAUCUGAAUUUAUCGAUUAAGAAAGCAAAACGAACUGUCAACGGGGGAAAGUUGCGACGACCACCACCACCACCAUCACCUACCGACUUGGGGAAGAAAUUAAGGUCCCGUGCAAGCAGGACAGCGGGACAGUGGGCACAAACUUUCACCUACUGCACACACACAAAACAAAUUCGGUGGGAGAGAGAGAAAGAUAUCAGACCGACUAAACGAUUCUCCUUCAACAACCGACCGACCAGCCCAAUAAUCGAGUUCCCCCCUCCAGAAAAAAAAAAAAAAGGACUUUAAAAUCCAGUUCACGAAAACACCACCCCAACCCCGAGGGUCACGAACCCAACAUCCACCACCCCAAAGGCUCGCCCAUCCAUCAUGGCCGAGUUUAUUGGCCUCCAGAUGCUGGUUACCCUCAGGGGAAACCCGCAGCCGGUCAGGAUCCGGGGGACGGUCAGCGGUGUGGAGGCUGGGAAUAGUUUGACGUUGAGCAAUGUGUGGUUCCUCCAGACAAACGAGUGGAAACCCCAGCUCAGCAUCUCGGCGAGCGAAAUCCUCGAUUUGAGUCACGAUCCGAGUCAAUACGCCCCUCGUCAGCCGGUGGUGCCCGUGCCUGUUUUCAAGCAAGAACCGCCGGUUAAAAUCAAACAGGGACAUGAACCUGCCGUGUUUAUCGACCCUGCGAUUGUUGCUGUGGGGAAGAGGCCUUCGGUUUCGAGUACUGGGCCGGGGAAGGUGGUUGUUCCUGUUGUUGUGGACAGAGAUGCGACGCCUACACGGACAGUGAAGCAGUUUCAUGCUCAGGCUCAGGGACUGGAGUCGGAUGAGGAUGGGGCUGUGGGGGGGGAUGCGGUUUUGGAGUAUGGGCAGGUUGCUGGUGGGGGGAGGGGGAAGAAGACGCGACCGCCGAGGAAGCAGAGGGUGAACAAGUUGAGUCAGGAGGCUACUGGGGAGGUUGAGUCGUCGCCUCAGCCGACGGUGAAGACGGCGGGGAAGGGGAAGGGGUGGAGGCAGACGCCUAUGCUGCAGAGCACGCCGAGCUUUCAGCCUUUUAACUCGUUGAAGAAGGUUACCAAGGGUGGGAGGGCGACGGCGGAUAAUAAUGGGUGGGCUUCGGAGGAUGUGACGGAUGUGCAGGAGAUGGGGGAUUUCGACUUUGAGACCGGGUUGGCCAAGUUUGAUAAGCAGAACCUGUUUGAGCAGAUGAGGAAGGAGGAUGUGGUGGAUGAGGCGGAUAGGUUGGUGUCGCAUAACCGGAUUCCGAAACCGAAGCCGGGCACGGCGGGGGGCAAGAAUUUGCAUUAUUCGGAGAAUGUGCUGGAUCACCACCAGAAGACGUUUACGCCGACGAUACUCAAGCCGAGUAGGGAGAAACUCAUACCCAAGGAGCCGAGCAAUGAUUUCUGGAACAGCGAGGCGGAUGAUGGGGCUAUGAAUGGGAGUGAGAAGCUGAGCGAUAGGGCUACGGUUAUGGGGAGCAGGCAAGGGUCACGGAGGGGAGAGGGGAAGAUGGCGUCGAGCAGGAGGAGUCAGUCGCGGAAGGCGAGCGCUGUGCCGGGACAGCCUGGAGGCGGCCCUAGCAGGGUCAAUUCUGGUGUAAGCCAUUAUCAUCACCGCACGUCGUCUCUUAAGGGGAGCAGGCCGAGCAGCCGUCUUUCGUCACGGACUGCGGUCGGGGGAGGCAGUGGGAUGUCUGUCAUUGCUGACAAGAGAAAGCAACAGCUCUCGGCUACGGCUGCUACUAAUGCACAUCACGCCCCGCAUCAGGGGUUGUAUGUCCUGCCGUCUAACCGACGAAUCGAGACGAUCUCGGCGCUGCAGAUGUUGAAUCUGGAGAACAUUGCUCAUAAUGAGAUUGGGCUGACGGAGGAGAUGAUGACGGAGAAUGCCGGGAGGGGUUUGGCGGAGGUGGUUGUUGGGACGGUGCUAGCUGACCCAGCGAUCAAGGUUAGGCAGGGGAGCAUCAUUGAUGCUGCCACUGGGGUCUUGCCCCCUCCUACUGUGGUGGUGUUGGCUGGAAACAACAAGAGCGGCAGCCGAGCUGUUGCCGCGGCGAGACACCUCAGAAACAAGGGAAUCAAUGUUUUGGUCUGUGUGGUUGGGUUGGAGAGAGGGGAGAGGGACCUGCUGGAGGAGGUGAGGCAGCAGGUCAGGCUGUACAAGACCUUGGGGGGGAGGGUGUUUGCCAAGGGAGAGUUCUUUGAGCACAUCAGGAAGAUUAGCAUACCCAUGCUGACGAUUGACACGCCGAGGACGAGCCUGGGUAGUCUGGCCAACCCAGCGCCGGUGAUGCUGAUUGUGGAUGCGCUGUUGGGGUUGGCGAUCAGCUUUGAGGAGCUGAGGAAUGGGGACCAGGCGACGGUGUAUGAGUUGGUGGAGUGGGCGAACAGGAACGAGGCUUUUGUGCUGGCGGUGGAUGUGCCUACUGGUGUUGAUCCGAGCUCUGGGAUGGUGAGCGUGGUCGAUGGGAACAGGCUCUACGUCAAGCCCAGAUAUGUGGUGUCGAUGGGGGCGCCGAAGAAGGGGUUGUUGGAGGCGAUGGUGGCGGCUGAUAUCAAUGAGGGGGAGGAUGAUAUUGCUGUGGCUUCUGCGGUGCCGGACUCGGGGGAGGCGAGUUUGGCGUUGGACGAUGCUGUCAGUGAGUGGAGGUUGUUUUUGGUGGAUAUGGGGUUGGGGCCGGCGGUUUGGAAGAAGGCGGGGACGAAGAUGAGAAAGGGGGUGGACUUUGGGGAGAGGUGGGUGUUGGAGAUGAAGUAUAGGGGAUUGAAUGGGACGAAUAGUGGUCCCGAGGGGGAUCCUGAGGAGGGGGAGAUUUGA